UCUUGGACCGUUAACUUUUUCUAGAACGAGCUUCCAAAAAUGUCUAAGAUUACUUUGCCUCUAUAACUUCAGAAUUUUCACCAAAAUGUUCAAUUUGUAGCUAGUUAUAUUCUUAAAUUUCGUCAUGGAUUCAGAGGAAACGAGUCAAUACGAAGGAAGACCGACAAAAAAGUCGAACGUUCUACCGAUAUGGGGGAACGAUAGAACGAUGAAUCUAAACAACAUGGUUCUAACUAAUGUCUUACAAUCUCCAUACUUCAAAAACGUGUUAUACCAGCUAAAAACCUACCACGAGGUUGUAGAUGAGAUUUAUUACAAGGUGGAACAUUUAGAACCAUGGGAGAAGGGUAGCCGCAAGACAUCAGGACAAGUUGGCAUGUGUGGUGGGGUUCGUGGUGUUGGCGCAGGUGGUAUCGUUUCAACAACUUUCUGCAUCUUAUACAAGCUGUUCACUCUUCGUCUGACAAGGAAACAGUUAAAUGGUCUUUUAACUCACACAGACUCACCUUAUAUUAGGGCUCUUGGGUUUAUGUACAUCAGGUACUGCCAGCCACCGGCCGAUUUAUGGGACUGGUAUGCACCCUAUUUAGAAGAUGAGGAGGAACUCGACCCCAAGGCUGGAACAGGCUGUCCCAUGACUAUGGGCCAGUUGGUCCGAAGCUUCCUGUUGAAGCUGGAAUGGUAUGGUACUCUUUUCCCUCGUAUCCCGGUACCAAUCCAGAAAGACAUUGAAAGAAAACUGUCUGAGCUGAAUCUCUGUGAUGAUCACAAAAGGACUGCUAAUGAUGGAUGGAAGGAAGAAAAUCGUGAAAGAGCCAGCCCAUCAAGGAAUGGAAGAAUUGACAGAGUAUCCAGCGAUCGUGAAAAUGAAAGAGGACGGGGCUCUAGUGACCGUGACCGUGAGCGCUCACGUUACAGUCGUGACCGAGAUUCACGCCCUAAAAGAAGUAGAAGCAGAAGCCGUGAAAGGUCCCGUCGAGAUCGUGAUAGACGAGAUGACCGUGAUCGUGACAGACGUGAUCGUGGCCGUGAAAAGCACCGAAGCAGAGAACAUGACCGUCAACGGAGCAAAGACCGCCGUAGUCGGAGUCGAAGUCGAAGUCAUGACAGAAAAAGAAGUCGCAGCCAUGAAAGAAAAAAAAGUCGCCACAGCGAUGACUAUGACUCCAAAAGCAAACAUCGAGACCGAUCAAGAAGCAAAGACCGCCAUAGUCGAAGUCGUAGUCGAAGUCAUGACAGAAAAAGAAGUCGCAGCCAUGAAAGAAAGAAGAGGCGCCACAGCGAUGACUAUGACUCCACAAGCAAACAUCGAGACCGAUCAAGAAGUAGAUAAUUUUUCUUAACUUAUUUCUUUUUUUGUUUGUUUUUUCUAUUUUUGUUCAUAAAUGUCUACUCGCUUGUACAAAAUAUCAUUUAAUUAUUGUUGUGAUUUUAAAGACCCUGCGACAAGAAUUCGUACAUUUUAUCCGUGGAUUGUGUCACGGUUACCAAAAAGUUCGGACGGCGUUCUCUGAUUUCCAUACAAAUUCACUGACUUUAAAGAGAAAAUGUAGGUAGAUUUCUUUAGUUAGCUAUCUUAACAGCAGUAAGAAAAGCUUCAAU